GACGUUUCCUAUUGUUGCCGGAAGUGACGUUCCUGCUCUAGCCCUUAAAGAGGAAGCAUUUUUGUCUCCGAAUUCCGGACGGACGUCGUGUGGAAUCUGCAGCGAGGCAACCAAGAGCGCUCCCGAGCCUGCCGCUUGGAAGGUCUCGCCGCGGUGCGUGGCGGGCCUGAACCCACGGUUCCAAAUACAAACGGUCGGCGCGAGAAGCUUGCCUGGGAGCCGGCACUGGGCGGUGAAAAGCUAGAUUAUUUCAAAGUUGGAGUUGAAGCUGAUGUUAAAUAAUGGCAACAGGUGACUUAAAAAGAAGCUUACGGAACCUAGAACAAGUGCUUCGCAUGAUAAAUUAUCCUGAAGAGGUGGAUUCUGCAGGUUUGAUAAAAGGAGAAACAGCAGCAUCUCUGCCUAUCAUCAGCUAUUCCCUUACCUCAUAUUCACCUUAUGUAGCGGAACUCCUGAUGGAAUCUAAUACUGAGCUCGUAGCAAAGAAUGACUUGCGCUUUAUAGAUACUGUCUAUAAGCUUCUUCGUGAUCAAUUCAAUUAUAAACCAAUUCUGACAAAAAAGCAAUUUACCCAAUGUGGAUUUGCAGAAUGGAAAAUCCAAAUUAUUUGUGAUAUUUUGAAUUUUGUUAUGAAAAAGCACAAGGAAUUGAGUGGUCUGGAGAAGACUCCAUCACAACAAAGAAAGAAAAUUGGUUAUAUUAAGUCAGAACCUUCUUCAAGCACUGAGAAAACAUCUGAAGAACCUGUUGGCGUUGACAUUACUGGCAGGUUUCUGACUGCAGGAAAGAAGAAAGCUGUGGUGAUCCGUCAUCUGUAUGAUGAAGAUAAUGUUCAAAUUCCUGAAGAUACAACAACUACAGUAACAGAUGUUAAUGAAGCAUUCGAUUUGAGUGACUUAAAGACUACUGAAAUAAGUAUUCCUGAAGUAAAGAUCCCUGAAAUCAAGCCUGAGCAACAGGAUAUAAAUGUUAAUCCCGACAUUAUUGCACUACGGACUAUGCUUGCUGAAUGCCAAGAAAAACUUACGAAACUUACUCUCUUAGAGAAAAGGUUAGACAGUUUGGAAGAAAAAAUGAAAGGAAAAGUAAUGGUAAAUGAAAAAACCUGGACUAAUCUUCUGAGUCGUGUUACUCUUCUUGAAACAGAAAUGCUCUUAUCAAAAAAGAAUGAUGACUAUGUAGCAUUUAAUGAAGUGAGUGAGGACUGUGCUUCUACCAGUGACAUGGAGUUUCUGAAUCCUGAAAGAAAAAGCAAAAUGGAGGGACAAGCAAAUAUUCCUCUGUCCUCUGGUUAUAGUACAGCAUCAUCAGAUUCAACUCCCAGAGCCUCGACUGUUAAUUACUGUGGUUUGAAAGAGUUUUCAGAGGAAACAACAAUCCAGAAAAUGGAAAGGAUGAAAAAAAUGCAAGUUUGACUCUGUGCCUUGGAAACAUGGGAGGUUCCAGAAGUUACUGGAGAACUCUUGUAAAAAUACAGAAGUUUAAGAAGAACCCUAAGAGUGCUAAGCAUUCAUCCCCCAUGAUUCCCACUUCACACCUCAUUCUCUACUUACAGAUUUUGCUUUUGUGAUUCACCCAUGUGAUUUCAUCAAUGAAAUGAGCAUUUGAGAAAAUCUUUAAAAAAAUUGUCAAAAUGGGAGAUAAUAAACCAAAGAUGAAGUGUUUGCAAUAUGAAUAACCAACAAAAUGUUAGUAUUCAGAAUUUACAAAGAGCAUCUAUAAGUGAAAACAAUCCAAUAGAAAAGAGUACAAAAGACAAUAGGAAUUAUGCAGAAAAAGUAUCUUGAGUGAGCAAUAUACACAUGAAGAGAUACUCAUCAGAUUUAUAAAAUUUUAAAAUAUAAAGUUUUGCUGAUUCUAUAGUCAAGGGGAGUUUUAAGUUCUCUUGGAAGUGCAAUCAAGGCAACCACUUUGCAAAAUAAUUAGCGAAGUCUAAUAAAGUGAAGAUGUACAUAUGAUUACAACCAGCAGCAGCAACUGUGAUGUAUACCUUAGAUAAAUUCUCUCACAAAUACUUUAAGAAUAUACAAUAUUCAUAGCAGCAUUGCAUGAAAUUGCUACUUUGUAAUUACCAUUAGUGAGAAAUGAAACUGAAGAUGAAGAGUCUUGCUUAUUAUUAUUAGGCGCUUUGCCUUGUGAGACAGUGAGAUGCUUUGGUGUAGAGAAUCUUGCUUUACAAAGGUUGCUCUUCGGAGAAUUAUAAAAGGAUGAGUUGGGGGCCAACAUUGUGGCAGAAUGCUGUGACACCAGCAUCCCAUAUGAGUGCCAGUUCAAGUCCCAGCUUCUCCACUUCAGAUUCAACUCCCUGCUAAUGUGCCUGGAAAAGAAGUGCAAGGUGGCCCAAGCAGUUCUAGAUUCCUGGCUUUGGUCAGAUCCAGCCCCAACCAUUGUGGCCACUUUGGGAGUGAACCAGCAAAUGAUUUUCUUCCUCUCCAUCUCUGUAACUCUGCCUUUCAAAUAAAUAAACGAAAAGAACAGAGGUAGAAGCAGGAGGGCUGGUUAGGGAAACAUUACAGUGUCCCAGAGAUAAAGGAGGACUCAAGGUAAAUAGCAGUGGAGAUAAAAGGACACCAAAAAGAGAUACACAAAUAGAUGGAAUCAAGGAAUUAUCUAUUGACUAAGUGGGAAAGGGAAGUGAGAGGAAGGAGGGGAAAUAAGAGGAGAGGAAGGAAGAGAAACUUGUGUUUUGGAUAAAUGAUAGUUACCAAGAGAAUGUUGACAGUGAUCCCAUGGAAAGUCAUUUUUGAAGAGCACUAUUUUCUAAUGCAUGCACUAGAAUUGUCUUCAAUCUUUAAUUCUAGGAAAUUAAAUAAACACAUUAAUUUGUUGGAUAGGCUUGUUUAUACGUGACUGAGUUUGGUACAAACAAUGCUUUAGUUUCAGUAUAGUUGAAAAUAACUUUUGGGGGCAGGCAUUGUGAUGCAUGAGGAUCUGCUGCCAUUUGAAAUACUCAGGUACGAUAUUGGAGUACCUAGGUUCAAGUCCCACCUCAGCUUCCAAUCCAACUUCUUGCAGUUGCACACUUGGAAGGCAGCAGAUGAAUAGCUCAAAUAUUUGAGUCCCUGUCUCUCAUGUAAGAUAUCCAGAUUGAGUUGUUAACUCUUGGCUUCUGUUUGGCCUAGCCCUGGCUAUUGUGGAUAUUUGGGUUGUGAAUCAGUGGAUGGAAUGUCUUUCUGUCUCUAUUCUCUUUCUAGAUAUGCCUUUCAAAUAAAUAUAAACAAAUAAAUAAACUUAAAAUAUUUUUGGUAGUAAUUUCACAAGCUUCUGAGAGACUCAAAUACAAUCUUUUUUCUUAAUACUACCUACCAUGGCCUCUGAUAUGUCAUGGGACCAUCUCUGUCAUUCCUCUUCAAUUUUGGACUCAUUUCAUUUCACAUUGUUCAUUUUAGUCAGAGAAUUGAAGGCCAUAAUUUUAAGAUUUAUUUAUUUGAAAGGGAGAUGGGGAGAGAGAGAGAGAUCUUCCACCUACUGGUUCACUCCCCAAAUGACUGUUAGAGCCACAGCGAAGCCAAGCCAAAGCCAGAAACCAUCAAGAACUCCUGAGCUGUCCUCCACUGCCUUCUCAGGUGCAUCAGCAUACUGCUGGAUCUGACAGCAGCCAGGACUCAAACCAGCAUUCUGAUAGGAAAAUGCCAGUGUUGCAAGCGGCAGCUUAACCUGCUGUGCCAUACACUUACCCGAGAAUUGUCUUUUUACUUUGUUUUCCCUACCUAUAUGUCUACAAAGAUGGCAUCAAUUGCUCUUUUCCACUCCCAAACCGUGAUUUAACAAUAUAAACUGAAACAAUUUUUAAUCCAAAAUUACAUAGAAAAUGUUAUAAUAAACAACUGAUAUCUAAGUUUAGGAUGUGCAGAGUUAUGACCAAUAUACUUUCCAAUUUUAUUAGGAAGAUAAAUCAGAAUGAGUUGAGAAAAUACUACAGGAUAGCAAUUUUCUCAAACACAUGCACAUAAAAAAAUUCACACAUUUCACCAAGAGUUAGUAAGUAUUUUCAGAAAAGUUGUUAGCCUUUCCCCUCUUAGUACAGUUUUAGUUGUAAAAGCUGAAGAAGACAUAUGUUUUAAAACUUUUUGAUAUAUCUUCAAAGUUAUAAAAGUUAUAAAGUAGUCAAUGCUAAAAUAUAUUUGGUAGUUUAGCAAUAAUGUUUUGCCUCCAGAACAAUGUUCUCACACUGUAUAGCUUUAAGAAUGUAGUUUACUCAUGAGAACUAAAAAUGUUAUGUUUUGAGAAACCAAAGGGAAAAAGUUCAA